AUGCCUCAAGGACAGCUCACUUCACCUAACCAGACUUUCCAUUUGAUCACAGACGAUCCAGCACCAUCAGCAUCCAGUGUCUUUAACGACUCCAUGGAUGAGAGGAAGCCCGAAGACACAUCCAUAGGAUCCCAGAUCCUGUGUGCCAUCUUUCUGACUUACUCCGUGAUCAUCUCGGUGGGUCUCGUCGGAAAUGUUGCUCUCAUCAAAGUCUUUUUCAAGAUCAAGUCCAUGCAAACAGUCCCCAACAUUUUUAUCACCAGCCUGGCUUUCGGAGAUCUCUUGCUUCUCAUAACGUGUGUGCCGGUGGAUGCGACCCAGUACAUUGCAGAUACCUGGCUGUUCGGGAGGCUCGGUUGCAAGCUCCUCUCCUUCAUCCAGCUCACUUCGGUCGGCGUGUCAGUGUUCACCCUAACUAUUCUCAGCGCUGACAGAUACAAGGCAAUAGUGAAGCCCCUGGAACUGCCGGCCUCUGAUGCCUUCCUGAAGACCUGUGGGAAAGUUGCCUGUGUCUGGAUCUUCGCCAUGGUUCUUGCUAUUCCAGAGGCUGUAUUCUCAGAUUUAUAUCCUUUCUAUAAUCCUGCAAAAAAUGAGUCUUUUGAAGCAUGUGCCCCUUAUCCUGUCUCUGAAAAGAACAGGCAGGAGGCUCAUUCUCUCCUGUGCUUCUUGGUCUUCUACAUCAUUCCUCUCACUGUCAUUUCUGUCUACUAUGUUCUGAUUGCCAGAGCUCUUUACAAAAGCACCGUCGAAAUGCCCGCUGAAGAGCAAGAGCAUGCCCGCAAGCAGAUUGAAUCCCGCAAGAGAGUUGCCAAGACAGUGCUGGUACUGGUGGGGUUUUUUGCUGUCUGCUGGCUGCCUAAUCAUCUCCUUUACCUCUAUCGGUCCUUCAAUUACCGGUCCUCCAUUGAUUCCUCUACCUUGCAUCUUGUGGCCACUAUUUUCUCUCGGGCUCUGGCUUUUAGCAAUUCCUGUGUAAACCCCUUUGCUCUGUAUUGGCUGAGCAAAACCUUCCGGCAGCAUUUUAAAACACAGAUCUUUUGUUUCAAGUUCAAGUGUCCCAGGCGGCCGAUGGUCACCAGGAACCUGGCCACGGGGCUUGCUUCGGCCACUAGGAGCACCCAGGCUGUCUUUUGCUUACAAAUGGAACAGAGAGAGGAAGAGGCUGAGAAAGGAGAGGGGCAGAAAGAUUUCCCUGAGGCCAACAUCUCCUAA